UCAUAUGAUUUAACAAAAGGAGUCCUCGUAAGAGAGAGAAACAAAAUUGAAGAAAAUCUCUUCCCUCCCCUCACCUCUGGUUGCAGUGGGAGCGAGAAGAGAACAGGGAAAACAAAGAAGCAGUGUUGUCACCACUCACGCGCGCACGCACGCACCAUGCAGUAGGUGUGGUGUGUCUCUUUAUAACUUUGGUUGCUGCGUUCAUAACUCACAACGGCAUUAUUAAAGGCAGCAUUGGAGGUGAUGGUGAAUGAAUAAGGAUUUGGGCGGUUGCUGGUGCUAUGCCUUUGGAUUUGGAUUGAUAUGUAUCAGAGCUGCAUUGGCUCACACCGCCUCGCAUACCGCUCUCAGAUAUCGAACCUGGUCAAAGCCGGUCUCAUCAACCAAGCCAUCCACCUGUUCGACCAAAUGACCCAAUCAAAUUGCCGCGUCUUCAGCGUCGACUACAACCGCUUCAUUGGCGUCCUCCUCCGCCACUCCCGCCUCCACCUCGCCCACCACUUCUACCGCCGCCACGUCAUCCCCCGCGGCUUCUCCCUCCUCCCCUUCACCUACUCCCGCUUCAUCUCCGCCCUCUGCUCCGCCCCCAACAACAUUAACCUCCCCCUCAUCCACAGGCUCCUCCUCGACAUGGACGCCCUCGGCUUCGUCCCCGACAUUUGGGCCUUCAACACUUACCUCAACCUCUUAUGCCGCCAAAAUCGCUUAGAAACCGCCCUCGAACUCUUCCACUCCAUGCCCUCCAAGGGAAGAGACCCCGACGUCGUUUCCUACACAAUUAUUAUCGACGCGCUGUGCAGAGCUAAACGCUUUGACGAGGCUGCUAGGGUUUGGCGUCGUUUGAUUGACAGAGGGUUGAACCCUGAUUAUAAAGCCUGUGUUGCUCUUGUUGUCGGGUUGUGCGGUGGGGGGCGCGUUGAUUUGGCUUAUGAGCUUGUUGUUGGUGUGAUCAAGGGUGGGGUGAAGGUUAAUAGCUUAGUUUACAAUGCUUUGAUUGAUGGGUUUUGUAGGAUGGGGAGGGUUGAUAAGGCCAUGAAGAUCAAGGCGUUUAUGAGCCGGAACGGGUGUGUGCUGGAUUUGGUUACUUAUAACACACUGUUGAAUUACUGUUGUGAUGAGGGGAUGGUGGAUGAGGCCGUGAGGUUGGUGGAGACCAUGGAGAGGAGUGGGGUGGAGCCGGAUUUGUAUAGCUAUAAUGAGCUGUUGAAGGGUUUUUGCAAGGCAAAUAUGGUGGAUAGGGCUUAUUUGAUGAUGGUGGAGAGGAUGCAGACCAAAGGGAUGUGUGAUGUUGUUUCGUAUAAUACUGUGAUCACGGCGUUCUGUAAGGCACGCCAGACUAGGAGGGGCUAUGAGUUGUUUGAGGAAAUGUGCGGGAAGGGGAUUAGGCCGGACAUGGUGACAUUUAAUGUACUUAUAGAUGCAUUUCUGAGGGAAGGAAGUACCCAUGUGGUUAAGAAGCUGCUUGAUGAAAUGACAAGGAUGUGUGUUCUUCCCGAUUGUAUAUUCUAUACGGCAGUAGUUGAUCAUCUGUGCAAGAAUGGGAAGGUUGAUGUGGCUCAUAGUGUUUUUUGUGACAUGGUUGAGAAUGGGGUAAAUCCAGAUGUCAUCUCUUACAAUGCACUUGUAAAUGGGUUUUGUAAGGCUUCUAGAGUUAUGGAUGCCAUGUGCCUAUUUGAUGAACUGCAGAGCAAAGGUUUGUACCCUGAUGGGGUAACUUACAAGUUGAUAGUUGGAGGGCUUAUAAGGGGAAAAAAGAUUUCACUGGCCUGUAGGGUCUGGGAUCAGAUGAUGGAGAGAGGUUUUACACUUGACAGACAUCUCUCUGAGACUCUAGUCAUUGCCAUUCAAUCAAGUGAUGGCACAACAUGACACUAGUUUGUGUUUUGAUCCUCUCAAAUUCAUCACACCUUUCUUUCAAAUGGGAAACCUGACUUAAAAAGUUUUCUCUGGAUACAAUACACCAAGGCUUAGCAAACCUGACCUGACCUGACCUGAAACGUUAUCUGCAGGUAAUGACCUGAAAAGUUUUCUCUGGAUAUAAUACACCUAUUUUUAUGGCGCUUGUGGUGCCAUCCCAUACCUUUAUGUGUCUCUGUGCUCCUACAUACUUAUGUGCUGUAUAACAUACUUAUUCACAGACCAGCUUCUUGUAAAGGAUUCAUACAGAGGACUGUGCUCUAAUGGUUUCUUGCUACCAAUGGAAGUAAUGGUAUCCAAGUUUUGUUUCAUAAUGUCAGCAGAGUGAACAGAGCAUUCAUUUACUUUUGGCAAUUGUUAUACAUUGAGAGCUAUGGAUUUGUUUCUCACCCAGCACAACUAAUUUCAGUAAUUGAUGAUUUGGUUGGAAUCACUCCAGCUGCCUAUUCAAAUCCCAGUUGUUGUUUCUUCAGAUUUCAUAGUGAGGGUGGCUUUGAGUUAGUCUUAUGCUGUCUUCAUACUAUUUGAGUCAAUCUUUGACCAGUGGCAGCUCAAUUCAGAUUGAUUCAUGUCCUGCCUUGCAUAGCAGAAAAUCAAUGAACAUUUUAUGGUUCUAAUUAUUAAUAAUAGUAUAGCACCCUUCUAAGGUUAACAACUCCUUAAUGUUGGUAAAACAUUGUCUUGUUUCAUCAAGAUGAAGUUUGUGGUUGCAGUGCAUAGUUUGAACUAUGAAGAUAUGGUUUCAUUGGUGAUCUCACCUUGGUGUGGCUUAUGCCUAGUGCCUUGCUAUAUCCUAGCAAAUUGUUGAACAAUAAACUCUGGAACCUUUAUUAACAGAUCAUCGGUUUACUAUUUGUGUCUAUGUCUAGACAUGUAACUCAGUGGAGAAUUGUGGAUGUGGAAAAAAGAUUCACUAGGUAGCCUUGUUAGGUUUCAAGAUUCAAAUUUAUUAGUUUCUGAAAAGCUGUGAUGCUGGCACAAGUUAUGUAUUGCUUCUGAGAUUUGGAUUAGCAACAAGAAUAUGCAUAUUUGUAGGAUUAUACUGUUACAAAAUUCAACUUGUCUGACCUUUAUUAGCAUUAUUUUCUGGUAAGUUAUGAUGCUUCUGCCUGUAUCUGCAGCAUGGAACUUCAAGCUUUUCCAAAGAAAUGUCACCAUGAUCAUUACAUUUAUCCGAAGACUAGCUGAAGGACAACCACAACCAGCACAACUAGCAAUUUGCAGAUUGGUUUGAUGGAAAAUUGGAGAAGAAAUAAAAAGAACAAAGGAGGGCAAAGAGAAUGUACAGAUGAAGGAUAUACGCCUGGAUUCUUGAUGAUUUCCAAAUAGAAAUGAAUCAUCUAGGGUCCACCAUCCAAGCAACUUCUGGAGUAUGACAGAAAAAAUGGAAAUAGUUAAGAAAAUGCCAUGUUGGUGGCUAAAUGUCAGCAAAUGUGGCGUGUAUUAGGAAACUAGUUUCAAACUGCUACAUUUUAGAAUUAGUUUGGAAACUGGGUUGACAAAUCUUUUCUUCAUUCAUUCACUCACUCUCUUCCAUUGUGUAUUUCUCAAAGAUUUUCAUUUCAAUAACAAAUCUUUCUCUAACAUGUGGUAUCUCAAGUUCUUCAUUCACACAUAUUACACCAAUUAUAGAAACUCUUAACCUAGUUUUAUUGAAAAAUCCACUUCUAAUAUAAUCCCAGGUCAUCAAAAUGAAACUGGACUUCAGCUUGCCUGAAUAUAGGAUUUUAGAAGAAGAAAUGGAUUUUUCCCUCUGGUUUUGAACAUCGUUAGACCAGGAAUAACCAGUGGCAGCCUUAUCUUGCAUUUGCAAGAAGAGGCUUAUUCCACAAGUUGAACUUGUGAUUAGUUAUUUACAUUCUGUGCUAGUGGCGUAAACACUAACAACCUAUUAAAUUAUUAAUAUUAUGUUCAAUUGAAAGCUUCUACUUGCAAUAGUUUUUUACUGUCCUAGGUAGCCUUUUGCUCUUUUGAACUAGGUUAUCCGAUGUAAGAAUGGAGGAGUUAGAAUGCUAACUAUUGACAUUUGAUCAUGAAAUCUUAGUAGUUUAUGGGUUUGGCUGAUCACAUUACUUACAUCUGUUUUGGGGUGACGUGGAGUAAAUGGAAGUGUUGAAAAGAAACAAAAUGGAGACUCACUUGCUGAACCGUGGCCUGUCUGCAUCUGGGGACUGUUAACAAUACAUCUGACCAGAUCUUGGAAAAUAUAGAAAAUUUGAAGUCAACAAAAGACCAACAUCCAUCUCCAUUCCAAAAUUUGAAGAGAAAAUUUCUUACAACUAUUGAAUUGAGGCAUUUACUACAGUGACAUGAGCCUGGGGAAUUGAUGUUAGCCAAUGAAUCACAAACUUUUGUGUAGUUGUUUUGUAGCUAUUGCAUUAUUUUGCCUUUGAACUUUGUUUUUUUUUUUUUUUUUUGAGAGAGAGAGCGCCGUGUGAGGGUGCUGUUUGACUGAUCUGUUGAAAAUUAUAGCCUCCUUCAGUUGCUGGAAAAGUUAAAAAAAUGCUCAAGCGCCUGAAGUUCAUCAAUGUAAUUUAAGCUGCCACCCAUAAAAUGAGUUUGUUA